AUAAGGAAAGGAUUCAAAGGACAGCGCAAAUUGACUUGGAUUUGAGUGGUUGAACUGCGAACUACUCGAGUCCAAUACUAGCCACGAGAAGGGUGUGAGCAUUUAAUAAGAGAAAAUUAAAUGUUGGUUGUAGCAGUAGCAGUAGCAGGCAGUGAGAAAGGUGUGUGAGCAUAAUAGGCAUAGCAAGAAGAAGAUAAAAUUGGAGAUUGAAGGGAAUGGAGGGUGAGCCUGAGCCUAAUUCCCAACUCAAAGACAGCACCGACGCUGAACUCUCCAAAAUUCGUCUCAUGAGAGCCUUCGUUGAAGCCAGAGAUCCCUCUUCUAAGGAAGUAGAUGAUUUGAUGAUUAGAAGAUUCUUGCGUGCUCGUGAUUUGGAUGUGGAGAAGGCCUCGGCAAUGUUCCUCAAGUACUUGAAAUGGAAACGUUCAUUUGUUCCAAAUGGUUAUAUAUCCCCCUCAGAGAUUGCCGAAGAUAUUGCACAUGACAAGAUGUUCGUGCAAGGGGUCGACAAGAAGGGUCGACCUAUAGCUAUUGCCUUUGCUGCGAAACAUUUUCAAAGCAAAAAUGGUCCAGAGGGAUUCAAACGGUAUGUAGUCUUUGCUCUUGAGAAGCUAUGUUCAAGAAUGCCACCGGGGCAAGAAAAGUUUCUUGCCAUUGCAGACGUUAAGGGAUGGGGAUAUGCAAACAGUGACCUUCGUGGAUACCUUAAUUCUCUAUCCAUUUUGCAGGAUUGUUACCCCGAAAGAUUGGGGAAGUUGUUUAUUGUACACGCACCUUAUAUGUUUAUGAAAGUUUGGAAAAUUGUUUACCCUUUCAUUGACGACAAUACCAAGAGAAAGAUAGUAUUCGUGGAAAACAAAAAGCUGAAAUCAACACUGCUGGAAGAGAUAGAUGAGAGUCAACUCCCAGAAAUAUAUGGGGGACAAAUGCCAUUAGUUCCUAUCCAAGAUAGCUAAUUAAAAUUGUUUAAAUCCUUGUUUGCCAAUUUAAUUUCUUCAUAUAUUUCAAUCUUUGUACCCGGAUUUAAUUACAUAUAGGAGCUCUAUAGCUGGUCAGGUUAUCUUAGCAGAUGCAUAUAACCUUGAUUAUGCAUUUGCUUAAUGCUUGUAACAAGCUAUUUCACAAGAACUUGUUCUUUGUCUCCUAUAUAUCUGCAACAUCAAAGUAUUAUGGGUAAAAUAUCAUUGGUGU